AUGGUUUUCCGAUCGCCUUUAGAGCUUUAUCCCUCCCAUUUCUUCCUGCCAAACUUCGCUGAUCGCCCCCUGCUCCUGGCGAACAGCGCGCCCGCCGCCAGGUCCCCGGAAGACUUGUCCAUGUUCCAGCUACCCACUCUCAACUUCUCCCCGGAGCAGGUGGCGAGCGUCUGCGAGACGCUGGAGGAGACCGGCGACAUCGAGCGGCUGGGUCGCUUCCUCUGGUCCCUUCCCGUGGCGCCCGGAGCCUGCGAGGCCAUCAACAAGCAUGAGUCCAUCCUGCGCGCCCGCGCCGUGGUGGCUUUCCACACGGGCAACUUCAGGGACCUCUACCACAUCCUGGAGAACCACAAGUUCACCAAGGACUCGCACGGAAAGCUGCAGGCCAUGUGGCUGGAGGCGCACUACCAGGAGGCCGAGAAGCUGCGCGGACGCCCGCUAGGUCCCGUGGACAAGUACCGCGUGCGGAAGAAGUUCCCGCUGCCUCGGACCAUCUGGGACGGCGAGCAGAAGACGCACUGUUUCAAGGAGAGGACGCGGAGCCUCUUGCGGGAGUGGUACCUGCAGGACCCCUACCCGAACCCCAGCAAGAAAAGGGAACUGGCGCAAGCCACUGGACUCACUCCCACACAGGUCGGCAACUGGUUUAAGAACCGGAGGCAACGUGACAGAGCCGCAGCGGCCAAAAACAGGCUUCAACACCAAGCGAUGGGACCGGCCGGGAUGAGGUCCCUCUCCGAGGCUGGCCUCACCCCUCACAGCUCGGCCGAGUCGCCCUCGACGGCGGCCAGUCCCACCACUAGCGUGUCCAGCAUGACGGAGCGGGUCGACACCGGCACCUCCAUCCUGUCCGUCACCUCCAGUGACUCGGAGUGUGACGUAUGA